GGGAGCUGGCGACAUGGGGGAGGGAGGUGGCAGCAGGGGUACAGGAGAGGGUCAUAGUGGAACCCAGUGCUGAGGCUGGAGCUCAAGGGACCCUUGACCUUUCACCAUCACCCUCGCCCCCCUCCCUGGCCAACGGAGUUCACCUGCACAGGAGGCCUGGCCUUGGAACACGCCGACGCCGGCAGACAGAGACACACACCGGUGCUUUGACACCGGGACAGACAGGAGUCACAGACAUGCGGAUGCACACGGAUCUCCAAAUGCACACACCUGCGGACACUCACACACACCUAGCCGCUAACACACACCUAGCCGCUAACACACACCUAGCCGCUAACACACACCUAGCCGCUAACACACACCUAGCCGCUAACACACACAUGGACGCUCACACACACCUAGCCGCUAACACACACCUAGCCGCUAACACACACCUAGCCGCUAACACACACAUGGACACUCACACACACCUAGCCGCUAACACACACAUGGACGCUCACACACACCUAGCCGCUAACACACACAUGGACGCUCACACACACUCGGACUCUGCCGGGCCAGAGCAGCCCAGAACUGUUUCAUCACCAGAGACUCACACCAGAUCACCUCAGCGACCGGUCCUCUUGCCUGUCACUCAUUCAGCCUGCACCAAUCAGCAAGUUGCUCCCUCUCCCUGCAGCCCGCUUCCUCCACCCUCUGCAAACAGAGACAGGCCCCCGGCCAUUAGCACUGCCCAUAUUGGACCAACACCUCUAGAUCUCUCUAAACCCAAAAGAGCUAUUGGCCCAAAUCCUACAGGCCCUUCUCUUAUUGGACCAUCCGGUUCAAACCCUUCUACUAUUGGCCCAGACCCUAUAGAUCCCUCCACUGUAUCUGUCGAAGGAGAGAGGAAGUAUGCGCUCCGUAGCUCCGGUCGACCUCGCUUCCCCUGCCAGCUUCGAAAGUCCUCCCGCAUCCGCCGAUGCACCGAGGAUGGAGAGAGGAGGGGAGGGAGGGAGAGCGAGAGGGAGGAGGAGAUGGCAGAGGAGGAAGAAGAGGAUGAGAAAGAGAGGGUGAGUGUACAUGUAAAGGUAGAGCGCCCCACAGUGGAGGAGGGUUUACCUGCAACCUCAAAGCCUGCUGACUCAGCUGUACCUGUAGCACCACGCCCUUCACCACACCCUUCAACACGCCCCUCACCACGCCCUACACCACACCCCACCUCUCACUACGCCCCCCGGCCAGCGCCCAAACCCAGAACUUCAACCAAACCCCAACCUAGACCUUCAACCAACGCCAAACCAAAAGCCCAACCCAGACCAUCGAUGAAAGCCUCGCCCAAAUCCUCACCCAGAGCAGCAACCAAUCCCAGACCAGCAACCAAUCUUUCGCCUUGUCCAUCGAUCAAUACCGUGCCACAGCCGACAGUGAAGAAGGAGGUGCCUGACGAUCUCGUUCCUCCCACUAAACAGAAACGGCGGUUCGUUGGUGUGAGGCGUAUCGUGGUGAAGGUGGCUCGUAUCCCGGUGAACCUCAGCCGACGCCAAAAGAGCUACAAGAUUUCCUCCAUGGAGACCGUUGUCGGACCGGAGAGGGGCGGGGCCAGUGGCGAGGGGGUGGAGGGAGCAGAGGGGGUGACAUCGGUGGUACGAGAGCCAACUGCGCUCCUUCGCAUGAAGAACAAUGGGAAGAAUGUGAUGGUCAUGUUCCCGCCUGGAGAACUCCCGGUGAUCCUGAAACGCAGACGUGGCCGACCUCCCAAACAGGUUGUACCGGGAAUGCCAGAUAAAACAGGUGGGAAUUUUGUCGCUGCCAGUGGGAACGGCGAGCCCAAGAAACCUCGUCGGCGCCGGCGGGCCAAGCUCCCAUCUCCGCAACCGUCGUACGUGAACGACACCAACGACGUCAAGACAGAGUACGGAGACGUUCUGUCCAAACUGGCGUUCCUAAACCACCAAACGCCUGCCACCGGCCGCUGCUCCCCACCACGCUGCUGGACACCCAGCGAACCAGAUAGCUUUCACACGCCGUCCAACAACCCUGGGAUCUCCGCCCUGCUCCACCGACUCACAGGGUUCAGACGCAGGGGAGGGAGGGGUGGUGGCGUAGGGGGCAGGGGAGGAGGAGCAGGAGGGGCUGGGUGUGAGAGCUUCAAGAGCUCCUUCAGUGACUUCUUCGAGACGAUCGGGAAGAAAAGGAAAGUGACCCCUGCUCUGUCAGAACCAGGGUUACCCAAGAAACGAGGGAAGGGUGGGGGGGCAGGGGAGGAGGGGUUGCAGGGGGAGAUGGGGGCUGGAGGUGAGGGGUGGAAGCCGAUGAGAAAACGACGCUUGUGCAAGAAUGGGGUUCUGAAAGGGGAGGCAGGAGGUCAGCUGGAGCAAGACUGGUCUAAUGGUGGAGGUGUCUGGGAGGAUGACCGGGGAGGGGAGAGGGAGAGAGGGCCGAGGGCGUACCAGGCCUGUGGCUCCCUGAGGGGGGACUUCCUGCCCUGUGAGGGGGGAAGAGCAGGUGCAUACGGCAGCCCUGGGGGCAGCAGAGAAGGUGGAGGUGGUGAUGAAGUGCAGGGUUUGUUCGCUGGAUAUUUUCGCUCCCUGCUCGACUCAGACGACUCCUCCGACCUCCUGGAUAUCUCCUCCUCUCGGCCUGACCCCAGGAAACCUCCUCCCACCCCGGGCUACGACUCCUCCAGCACUGCCCCCGGCCCAGGUUCUCGCUGGUCCCCAGCCUUCCCCAAGCGCAGCCCCAAAGGAGAGGCAAGGGAGAACCAAACCCAGGUCUCUUCGUCCUCCUCUUCCAGACCUCCUUACAGCUACUACCUUUCCCAGAACUCCCCCACCACUUCCUCCUUCCCCAAGUCCACCCCUCCCUCCCUCUCUCUGCCUCGCUCUCCCAGUUCCCCCCAUCCCUCCUCCUACGGUCACUACCCGUCUGGCUAUUCCUCCUCCUCUCCUGCGGGGGGCAGUGCAGCACCACAGAGACCCACAGACUGCAGCUUUGCAGCCUACGGGGCAGCUGGGCUGGAUAAGGCCUCCACAGUCCCCCCCGUGGGCCAGGGUCAGAUGGGCUAUUCCAAUUUUUCCAAGCGUGGAUAUGGGGGCUACCCUGGGCAGGUUGGACCAUCCUCUCCAGGGGGUGCGGGGUAUAUGGCCAUGGCCAAGAACAACCCCUUCCAUUCCUCAUCAUCUCCAGAGGGUUACAGACACUACCCCUCCAACCAGUGGAACUGCAAGCAGGGCUCCAGUGGCUGGGCGUGGGACAGUCUGGCUCAUCAUUACCCAGGAGGCUACAGUGACUACGUCACCCCAGGCCCCAGCGAGCCCAAAGACAUCCUGGACAUCUCUAACUACACCCCACAAAAGGCCAAGCGACAACCCUUCCUCGAGAGCCUAUCAGAGUCCUCCUCUGACUCAUCCCACCUGGGGGUUACUGGGUCAGGAGGCGGGGUCAGUACCGGAGGUGGGGGCGGAGGCUCUGGUUCAGGUUCCGGAGGUGGGGCUUACAGGCAGGGUGGAGGCAGGGAGUCUCUUCCUAUUGGUGGAGAGGGAGGUCAAGGCCAGUCAAGCCUAUCAAGUCUGGAGAAGUUAAUGAUGGAUUGGCAUGAGAGCGCCUCAGGCCCCUCUUACAACUGGAGCCAGAACGUUCUCUUCCAGGGGCAGGGAAAGCCCGGGCGGGGGCGCAGGAAACGGAAUGCUGCCGAACCCCAAAUGGAAAAGGAGGGGGGUGGUGGACCAGGACCGGAGCCCCCCCCAGACUCUCCCACCAGCCCCCCAGCCCAGACACAGUCUCACACCUCAACCCAGGGCUCUGGUGCCAAACGCAGUGGGAUUGGGGGGCGGCAGGGCAGGGGGGCGAGGGGAGGCAGGGGACGGCUGUGCCCGUCCCCAAGAGAACGCCCCCCAGGGGGGAAGAAGGGUAAGGCUGCUGGGGUUGGGGAUGGAGGAGGAGGGGGUACUGCUCAGGGGGGGUUGUUCCAGGAAGGCCUUGACUACUUCAGUGGAGACAGCUGCAGCCUCUCCCCCCUCCCUACCCCUGCCCUACACCUUGGUUACCCCCCCGAGCCCUGUGAGUACCCCUCCCCAACUCCUUACUCCGCCCACCCCUCCACCCCGUCCUCAGAGGAGCGUUACCCAACCCUCUUCCCUGGCGAGGCCUCAUCCUCCUCUCUCUCCCCUGGAAUGACUUCCACAUCCUCCUCCUAUCCUCCCAAACUAUCCCCCACCCCCCAGCCCUACCACCCCCCUCUCACCCCUGCUCCUCCCCCCUCCUCCUUCUCCCCGUCCUGCUCCCAAUCGCCACGGUUACUGGCCCACUGUGGAACAGCGCUGAGCCCCCCCUAUCGUAACCCGGCAACCAUCUCCAAGGACCAUUUCACCUCCCAGUAUGAUUCUCCCAGCUGCUGUAGCUCCCCUUGUUGGUACAGCGGGGCAUCGCUCAGUGGCAGCACCAGCCCUCACACUAACACACACAACGCUACACACACACACACUAACACACACGACAACGCACACGUACACGCUAAUGUGAACCCUCACGCUAGCCCUAACAAUCAUCCUGAUCCUAACGCUUCUGCACACCCACACACCAACACACACCCACACACCAACACACACCCACACACCAACACACACCCACACACCAACACACACCCACACACCAACACACACCCACACACCAACACACACCCACACACCAACACACACCCACACACCAACACACCGACACACACCAACACACACCCACACACCAACACACCGACACACACCAACACACACCCAAACCCCAACCCUCACGCAAACAUGAGCCCACACACACACUCCAACCCCAACACCAACCCUCACACGCACAACAACCCCCAUAGCAACAAACACCCGCACACCAAAACACACCACCUUCAUUCAAACCACAACCAACAUCUUCACCCCCACACUCACACUCAUCCUAACAUGUAUACAAAGCCCACCCUACACACUAGCCCCCACCCCCACCCCAACCCUAACCUCUCCCCCCACUCCCACCCCAACCCUAACCUCUCCCCUCUCCCUCACCCCCACCCCAACCCUAACCUCUCCCCUCACCCCAACACUAACCUCUCAACACACCCCCACCCCAACCCUAAUCUCUCCCCUCUCCCUCACCCCCACCCCAACUCUAACCUCUCCCCUCUCCCUCACCCCCACCCCAACCCUAACCUCUCCCCUCUCCCUCACCCCCACCCCAACCCUAACCUCUCCCCUCACCCCAACCCUAACCUCUCCCCUCACUCCCACCCCAACCCCCUGCUUUACGAGGAGCGGCCCUCUCACAACACAAUGCCCCCCCAUGGACCCCCCCACCCCCACAAACGGGACCUGCCUCCCCACCUCACCUCGGGGCUAAGGUCAGCCCCCCUGCAGCUUUCCCCGUACCCCUCCCCCCACCACAAGCCCCCCCAGGCCUCCUUGCCCCAUUCUGAGGACAUGGGCUACCCCCGUGCCCUGGGAUACACCCUCUCUACCCCCCACAGCCCCCACCUCGAGGAGGAGGAGGAGUGCUCUGUCAGCUUCUAGACACCCCCAGCGAUGACAGCUUCAGUGUCACCAGCCUGUAGGCACAGGUGUAUUAAAUCUCAACCCUUUUCAGAUUUCUACACUUUUUUUAAGGAGAGACUUUCAGAACAAGAUAAAGGACGAUCAUUUAUCAGCUCUGGAGAGUAGAGCUUUAGUUCUCCAGCUAUGACAAUCACACACACACACACACACACACACACACACACACACACACACACACACACACACACACACACACACACACACACACACACACACACACACACACACACACACACACACAGCUGGAAAGAGGGAGUGACAGAGGCUGAGCCUUUCCCUACACCCUAAACCCUACACCCUACACCCUAAACCCUACACCCUGCGCUCUGUGUGUUCUGUCGGAGGGAUGUGAACUACGGCAUCAGCUCUUGAAUUACCAGCAUCUGUACAAAGACUCCAACUCACAGACCCAUAAUCUCACCACAACAAUGAAACAAUGGCAGGACAACGUUACUAACGUUCCAUCAACAACGCUACGACAACGCUACGACAACGUUCCAUCAGCUUUCUCUGUCGUUCUGCCAUGGUUUCUGCUCCGAUGGAAGGACUGCAGUAUGGAGACUACAUCCUGUGUUCUGAUGGAAGGACUGCAGUAUGGUGACUACAUCCUGUGUUCUGAUGGAAGGACUGCAGUAUGGAGACUACAUCCUGUGUUCUGAUGGAAGGACUGCAGUAUGGAGACUACAUCCUGUGUUCUGAUAGAAGGACUGCAGUAUGGAGACUACAUCCUGUGUUCUGAUGGAAGGACUGCAGUAUGGAGACUACAUCCUGUGUUCUGAUGGAAGGACUGCAGUAUGGUGACUACAUCCUGUGUUCUGAUAGAAGGACUGCAGUAUGGAGACUACAUCCUGUGUUCUGAUGGAAGGACUGCAGUAUGGAGACUACAUCCUGUGUUCUGAUGGAAGGACUGCAGUAUGGAGACUACAUCCUGUGUUCUGAUAGAAGGACUGCAGUAUGGAGACUACAUCCUGUGUUCUGAUGGAAGGACUGCAGUAUGGAGACUACAUCCUGUGUUCUGAUAGAAGGACUGCAGUAUGGAGACUACAUCCUGUGUUCUGAUGGAAGGACUGCAGUAUGGAGACUACAUCCUGUGUUCUGAUGGAAGGACUGCAGUAUGGUGACUACAUCCUGUGUUCUGAUAGAAGGACUGCAGUAUGGAGACUACAUCCUGUGUUCCACUGUUUUUACUACGAAGGAAAGAGACCCGAGACACUCUGACCCCAAAAAGACUGGCACGUGUGUGUAUUUGUGUAUGUGUGUGUGUGACCACGAGGAUGGACUUCUUUGUGUGUGUGUGUGUUUGUUUGGGGUCUAAAGGGGUGGAGCUCUGAAUCUGAUAGGGUGGUAUGAUUGAACAGAGCUUCUCUCCUUUCAUUUACUCUCUCCCUUAUUUUUUCUGUGGUCUCGUGUUGUUUGGUGGUUUUGUGAUGAACAGUUGUGUAUCUGUCUGUUAAAAUCAUGAUGUAUCUAUGGUGCCAAUAUUGAAAUACACUCUGAUCUGGCCAUUGGUAAACCUGCCUGGACUCAUGAUGCUUUAUAGGGCAG